UGUCGGCUUAAGGCGAGAGAGAGCGUGAGUGAGCGAGAGAGAAAGAGCUGUGACUCUGGACCGAUAGCGGAGACUGAAACGAGACUAGCUGGAAACGAAGCAAAGACGUGGACCCCCCUCCCUCGCCACCUCCCUCUCUGUCUCUCAGCGCGCCCCCUCCAACCUCCCGAAGGACGACCACCCAUUGAAAAGCCACUUGACCGGCGUCGCCAGUAAGCGAUGCACCUUGAAGACUAGAAGAAAUCUCAGACGUAGAAAAUUUAGCAGUCAUGAUAUGCAUUUUUUUUUGUCUUUUGACGUUUUUAUCGCCGUCGAAUUUCGAGUUUUUCAUGUGUGUAGAAUAUCAAGUUUACAUUCCUAACGGGUUUCACAAGGCGUACAAAGGAUAAUCCUUAUUCGCUGGAAACUGACACCAAUUAUUUGGGCUUUAUUUUUAUACAGAAUAAAUCGUGAAACGGAUGUCUUUUGCGUGCGUCUUCUGCUUCUCGAUUUUCCGUCUUCUGUCUGGGUAUAUCGACGAUGGUGUGGCAGUCAAAUGCUGAACUCUGCACUUGAAGUACCCGUGUCUACGUGUUUUCCCUGCAUAAGAAAUAUUACGACUGCUUCUAAAGACAGCAAACGAUUUCCCCUCCGACCCCAACUGAAGCGGAUAAAGGGAAAGUUGAACCCGAGACGAAAGACUUCUAAUUUCGGCCACGUCUAAAAGACGGGAUUUCCCCAAAGGUGGGCAGAGCCUGGGCCGUGUAGGCAGCCAUGCUGUCUCUGGACGAACCGCUGGACCUGAAACUCCCUCAGGGGCGGGACCGGGCGUGGAGAACCGCCCCCUCUAUCUGUGCCCCUCUGAAUGCCGCUCGCACCCGGCAGCCCCGAACGACCCACGACGGAGCGCCGACCGGCACCCCAUCCCGUCUGGUUUCCUCCCACACAGGUGUGUCUCCACACCCCCCGGACAGGCCGGAGUCCCUGACCCCCCCGGCUGUGGACCUCAGCCUCUCCCCCUCCUCCCGUAAUGCCCCCUCCCCCUCGGAGCUGUCCGACGGCAGCGGGACCUCCUCCGUCCCGUCCCGGGAUUCCGGGCACAUCCAUUAUAUGGAGGGCGGAGUCUCGCCACAGCCCCUCCAGUUCUUCCUUCCAAUCGGGGGAGGGGGCGGGUUCCACUUGCCGUCCUCUAUGUUCAUUGGCCCGCCCAAAGACAAGCAGGCUGCUACUGAAAUUUCAAUGGACGAGCAACUAGCCUGUCGCUGGAUGAAGUGCCACCUGCUCUUUCACUCUCUGCAGGACCUGGUGGACCAUGUCAACGAUUUCCAUGUCAAGCCUGAAAAGAAUUCUGGGUACUGCUGCCUGUGGGAAGGGUGUGCUCGCAAUGGGAGGGGUUUCAACGCCAGGUAUAAGAUGCUGAUCCACAUCCGCACUCACACCAAUGAGAAACCACACCGCUGCCCCACCUGCAGUAAGAGCUUCUCCCGCCUGGAGAACCUGAAGAUACACACCCGCUCACACACAGGAGAGAAGCCGUACAUCUGUCCGUACGAGGGCUGCAGCAAGCGCUACUCCAACUCCAGCGACCGCUUCAAGCACACGCGCACGCACUACGUGGACAAGCCGUACUGCUGCAAGAUGGCGGGCUGCCUCAAGCGCUACACGGACCCCAGCUCCCUGCGCAAGCACAUCAAGGCGCACGGGCACGCCGUGGCCCCCGACCACGCCCCUCACGAUGGGCUGGGGGGGGCGUGGCUGAAGGCUGGGGGUGUGGCCAACCUGGGGGCGGAGCUUCCUUACGUCAGCGGGGCCCGCAUUGUCAUCCCGGGGGCGGCGGCUGCGCUCCUCGGGGGCCACGCCUUGCAGGGCCUGGGCGGCCUGCCCCUGUCCAUCCUGGGGCCCCGGCCCCUGGACCUGAGCGCCGGGGGCCCCUUCCUCUCCUUCAACGGGGUGCCGCUGGGCCUGGCCAAGUCACCGCUCCUGUCCCCGGCGUUCGCCGCUUCCGCCGCGGGCCGGGGGAGGCGGGGCCACGGCUGGGACGGGCGGGGCAAGGCCGGGGAGCGGGAGGGGAGCGAGGACGGGGACGGGGACGGGGAGGGGAUGGAGGGGCUCCAGGGGGCCGUGCUGAACCUGUCGGCAGGGGGGGGCCACGGCCCCCUGUCCUGGGUGGUCAUACCGCCGGCCCCGGUGGCAAUGAAGCCCGCUGUGGUCAACUGA